GCUUGUGUGUACACCGCGCGCACACACACACACAGCAAGAAGAGAUGGCUGGAUCGCUCGGCAGUUACUCGAUUCCUUUACUUGGAACCAGCAUCUUCAUCGCUACUCUGACCUACCUCACCUACCGGCUGCUGAGCGAUUACCUGCACAAAUGGUUCACCAUGAAGCCGAUACCGGAGGCGGCGGGGACCUAUCCCUUCAUAGGAAACGCACUGCAGUUCAAAUCCAAUGCCGGUGAUUUCUUUCGUCAAAUUGAGGAUUUAACCCGCGACUUCAAAGAUGCGCCGCUAUUCAAAAUCUGGAUUGGACCGGUCCCACUGGUGAUUCUGUUUCACGCGGAAAAUGUUGAGACGAUUCUGACCAACACUGUCCACAUGGAGAAAGCCUAUCUAUACCAAUUCCUCCACCCUUGGCUUGGAACCGGCCUUCUCACGAGCACUGGGAGCAAGUGGCGUCAGCGGCGGAAGAUGUUGACCCCGACCUUCCACUUCUCCAUCCUGACGGACUUCUUGGAGGUGAUGAACGAGCAGGCCGAUAUUCUGGUGAAGAAGCUGGAGAAGAAGGCCGGGAAGGGUGAAUUCGACUGCUUCAGUCACAUAACAUUGUGCGCCCUGGACAUCAUCUGUGAAACUGCAAUGGGAAAGAAAGUCUACGCCCAGAGUCAGUCUGACUCACAGUAUGUGAAGAGUGUGUACAAAAUGAGUGACAUCGUGAGCCGCAGACAGAGGUCACCGUGGUUUUGGGUCGACUUUGUGUACAACUACUUCGGCGAAGGCCGGGAGCACGACAAGACGCUCAAGAUCCUGCACUCCUUCACGCACAACGUGAUAAAAGAAAGAGCGGAGAUCGUUUCCAAUGCUGACGAGGACAGGGACAGGGACUCUGAACAGAGCCCAAAGAAAAGACAGGCAUUCCUGGACAUGCUCUUGAAGACCACGUAUGAGGAUGGCACCAGAAUGAGCCACCAGGACAUUCAGGAAGAAGUGGACACCUUUAUGUUCAGGGGACACGAUACGACAGCAGCCUCCAUGAACUGGGCCGUACAUCUGCUGGGCUCCCACCCCGAGGCACACGGCAAAGUUCAACAAGAGCUUCAGGAGGUGUUCGGUGCAUCCGACCGGCCCACGACCAUGGAGGACCUGAAGAAGCUCAAAUACCUGGAGUGUGUGAUCAAGGAGGCCCUGCGACUGUUCCCCUCUGUGCCCUUCUUUGCCCGCAGCAUCGGUGAAGACUGCAACAUCAAUGGUUUCACGGUCCCCAAAGGUGCCAAUGCCAUCAUCGUUACCUACGCUCUUCACCGUGACCCACGAUACUUCCCCGAGCCCAACGACUUCCGGCCAGAGCGCUUCCUGCCGGAGAAUUCAGUGGGAAGGCCUCCAUAUGCGUACGUCCCCUUCUCCGCUGGACUCCGCAACUGCAUCGGUCAACGUUUUGCACUCAUGGAAGAAAAGGUGGUCUUGGCGUCCAUUCUGCGUAACUUUAACAUUGAAGCGUGUCAGGAACGUGAAGAUCUUCGGCCGGUGGGAGAACUCAUCCUGCGACCAGAGAAGGGCAUCCGGAUCAAACUGGAGAAGAGGAAAACCCAAACUUAAUCAAAUCAGCACCUGCGCUCCGGUCCACAGAAGAUUUCUGCUAACUUAAUCUUCCUUUGCGAUCUCUAUUCAAAGCACAUCCUUUCCGAUUCAAAUGGUGGCGGACAGUGUAAUGUCUUCUAAGUACCCUCUUAAGGGUCGGGGAGAACAGCGACCUUGGUGUUUAAUUUAAGAUUCAUGUCAUCAUUAUAGCCUUCAUAAAUAAAGAAACUACGCCAUGGGAAAUUGC